CAUUAGGAAAAAUUUCCCGCGAGUUGCGGAGUUACUUCUUACUUUCCAUUUCGCUGAAUCGCUUUUGCCGAUGAUUCCGUAUUAGUUUGUGUCGGAAAAUUAAUUUUCAAGUAUCUAAUCUUUAUCAACCAUCUGCAUCUACCAUCUCAUUGUUUCCUGAGUUUCGGAAGUUCUACCUCUAUUCCCCUGUCUUUUCGUCUGACCUCACAGCUUAAUCAUGGCCCGCGGUCAUCAGAAGCUUCAGUCUCAAGCCAAAGCUCAGGAAAAAGCUGCCAAAGCCAAAAAGCAGCAAGGACACAGUGCCAAUGAGCAGAAAAAAGCCGCACAAAAAGCCUUAGUUCAUGUCUGUGCAGUAUGUAAGGCUCAAAUGCCAGAUCCUAAGACAUACAAACAGCAUUUUGAAAACAAACACCCAAAGAAUGACCUGCCUGAUGACCUUAAGGAAGUUUCGUGAUACUCUAUCGGAUUGCGGUGAUCCGUGUUCUCUGAUGUCGAUUUAAGGGUGUGAUAAAAUUACCGUGUGAUUUUAUUUACCGUUUUCCAAAAUCCUCUCUUAAUUUUAUAAUUUUUUUCUAACUUCUCCUUUUACUUUAUUUUAUCUUUAUUUAUUUAUUUUUUCUUGGUUUUUUUUUUCUUUCCAAUUAUAAAUUAAGUGUCCACAACACACGAUUGACACUAGUGUGUAAGUUUUUUUUUUAUAUAAUUGUUGACUUAAUAUCUAUGUUUAAUUUUUUUGUGUUUUGGAAGCAGAACUUUAAGUUUCUGUCACAAUUUAUCAUUUUAAAGAGAAACACUUUUUUUUAGAAUAUAACUCGGUAUUAUUUCUUUUAAUUUUCUUGGGGGAAUACUUGCUUUUUCAUUUAUGAAUAUGUUUUACUUUUGGAAAAUUUAAAACAGAAAUGUUCAUUUCAAGUGUAAAUUGUUCCUCAUCUGCAAUGUUGCACUUUGUCUUCUGUCAAAGAGACGGAUACAGAGCAGAUUUACCUAUGCAUUUGAAAUUGGAUUUGCAGGUUUUGAAGAGACAAAUAAACCAGUCCCUCUUUUCUUAGGUAUUAGAAUAUUGCAGCCUGCAUGAAAGAAAAGGAAGAAAAACAAAUUGUCUCGAUUAUUAGCUUUACUAUUUUUUUUUUUUUUUUUAGUCGAUUACUUCCUUGCAGAAAUCCAUUUUGUCCAUAUUUCCUAGACAUCAGAGAGAAGAGGGCUUGUUUUUGCAGGGUAUUUGUCCACAAUAUCUGCCUAAUCGUGUACUUGCUUCAUGCCAGGAUCGAUACUAUAGUGUGAUCUUUGGUUACCAAUUUUUCCAUUAAUCUUGUAAAAUCGAUAAAGGAGUCUCUCAUGGAUCACAAUCCAGCAAAACUAUUGUAUUCUUAAAUUUUAUUUCGUCUAAGCGUCAAGGAAUUUGUACAAAUUUUUAAUUUUCUCAGGAUCCUCUUUUUAUACAGCAUUAAAGGAUAUCUCAACACAUACAUACCCUCCCCACACAUGAUAGUUGAAAAAUAGAUAGUAACAGAAAGCUUUAUUUUGCAGAGUAACUUUCGCCCAUUAUAAUUUAUAUCAUUCCCUUCUUAUCUCAGUGGUGAAGAAGUUUUAAGUCAUGAUUUACAAAAAAGAACUAGUCUUAAGUAGUCAGAAAUUCUGAAAAUAGAUGGCCACGCCGAAGUUUUUGUACACUUUCAACCAUCUUGGCAUUAAAAAUCUUCUUUCUUUGUGAUUAAAAUUAAUUAAAGCGUAAAUCAAUUUCAUAAAUCGAUAAUAAAUGUGCUAUUUUUAGUUCCGUCUCACAA